UGCCCUUCUUUCUGCCUCAGCUGCCAUUGGCACAGCGCAGAUCUCCAGCACUGACCCAGCGCCCCUCAGCAGCCCGAAUCCCAGCCGCCUCCUGUGCUUGUGCUGAGCGCGGGGCAGCCCCCAGCCCAGCAUUUCCCUCCUCGCUCCCGGCCCCGCGCUCCGGGCGGACAGGAGGGGGAGAUCUUCACCACGACUCACAGUCUGCGCUGCGCCCGUGCUUUGCUGAGAUGCUGUACUGAGUCCCAGCCUGGAGAAGCACAGAAAUCUCACGCGGCUCAAGCAGAACACUUGGCUAUGAGCACACCUUUGUCCCCAGGACAUGCAUGAAAUACCAGAGGACUCCUCUUCUCUCCUGAACCAUGGCCGAGGGGGAGAUAACCACCUUCACAGCCCUGACCGAGCGCUUCGGGCUGCCGCUGGGCAACUACAAGAAGCCCAAACUCCUGUACUGCAGCAACGGGGGCCACUUCCUACGGAUCCUGCCGGACGGCAAGGUGGACGGGACGCGGGACCGGAGCGACCAGCACAUUCAGCUCCAGCUCAGUGCGGAAGACGUGGGCGAGGUCUAUAUAAAGAGCACAGCAUCAGGGCAGUACCUGGCAAUGGACACCAACGGGCUCCUGUACGGCUCGCAGCUACCAGGCGAGGAGUGUUUGUUCCUCGAGCGGCUCGAGGAGAACCAUUACAACACAUACAUCUCCAAGAAGCACGCAGACAAGAACUGGUUCGUCGGGCUGAAGAAAAAUGGGAACAGCAAGCUGGGGCCGCGGACUCAUUAUGGGCAGAAGGCGAUCCUCUUCCUCCCGCUGCCAGUGUCGGCCGACUGACUCCCAUCCCACAGCUCACAGGCACCCCGCCACGGCGCCGGCCGCCCACCCCUGCUGCCCCUUCCUGGCGUUCCAAUGAAGAGCCAAGCGUUAGAGCCCCGAGCCGUAGGUAAAGGCUUGAACCAAACCAGACCCGAGCUGCUCAGCCCUGCACGACCCUUCGCAGUGAUGACGAGGAGCCUUGAGGACAGCCAUGCACUGUGGAUGUGUGGCUUCCAGCCCGGCUGCUGCUGGAACCCAGCACCCCCAGUGCCCCGUGAUCCCAUUUGUCCAUCCAAGUACGUCGCUGCCACAGCGCCUUCGAGCAACUUCAAACUGCGCCGUUGUUCGUGUUACUGAGCAAAAAGCUUGCAGAUAACUUCACCAUACUAAGCCAGCCAGAAGCUCCAAAUCCUCAGCAUCUCAACCCUCCUUAGAAUAUUGCUGUCCCUCAUGCUAAUAUCUGCCCCGUUAUUUGUAUUUAUUUAUUAAGCAGAUCUGUCUCUUCCACAAUCCCUUUGUAAGUGCACGUGGCACCAAAUGCCCUGGCGCUGUCCUGGAGAUGCUGGAGCAGAACAGGAGCAGCAGCAGUGCUGCAGUUCAUGUGGCUGAGGGAUGCGGUGAGAUUCCUCCUGGAUGACAGCUGGGCUGGGGACACAAAGGCGGAGCUGCACGGCUCCUGAGUGCUCUUUUCAGUGCUUCCUUCCCUACAGCCCCUCCUGCCAGGCCUGGCUUCCCGUAUUGGACAGCAAAGGGAAAAAGGCAGUUUGGUCCAUAGAGUAACAUAACAGUGUUAAACAUUCCAUUGUUCAAAUAACAAUUCUAGGUCAGUGGUGAAAAGCGCUCCUCUUCUGAUUAGUAAAGAUGAAUAAUUGCAUUUAUUUUACCUUUAUUUUUGUAUAAUAAAUCCUUGGGAACUGCA